AUGCGCGUACUCUCCGGCCUAGUCCUGGCCAUCUCGGUUGUGGGCUUUGUGCAGGGCGACGUCUCGAUCGCAGAGUCGGCGGCUAAUCCAGUGCGCCGCGUCGUCACGCUGCUGGAAAACAUGGCCAAGAGGGUGGCCGAAGAGGGCGAGAAGGAGGAGGAGCUUUACAAGAAAUUCAUGUGCUACUGCUCGAGCACCGGUGGCGAGCUCACUGCAUCUAUAGCGGAAGCCAACACCAAGGUGCCCCAGCUGGAGACCUCGAUCGAAGAGUCGAAGGAGAACUUGGCAAACACUAAACUCGAUUUGAAAAACGCGCAGGAUGACCGCACAGCCGCCAAGAAGGCGCUCGCGUCCGCCACAGAGGUGCGUGAGAAAGACAACAAAGCCUUCCUGGAGCAGGAGUCCGAGCUGAAUACUUAUGUUGAGGGACUUACCAAGGCGAUCGCUGCCAUCGAGAAGGGUAUGACUGGCUCCUUUUUGCAGGGCGCAGCAGCGAUGCAGGCUUUCCGUCGCGCCGUGGAGGCGAGCUCAGCGACCGAGUACGACAAGCGGGCCGUAUCGGAGUUCUUGCAAGGCGCCAUCUCGCAUGGCUAUGUUCCGAAAAGCGGUGAGGUCACUGGCAUCCUGAAGCAGAUGCUGGAGGAUUUUUCCUCUAACCUGAAGGUGGUCCAGGAAGCAGAGGCCAAGGCUGUGUCGACGUUCGAGGACUUGAAGGUUGCCAAGUCGAAGCAAGUGGACGUCCUCACCGCAGAAAUCGAAUCGAAGACCGUUCGCAUCGGCGAGCUGCAGGUCUCAAUCGUCGGAAUGGAGCAGGACCUGAAGGCCACCCAGGGAAGCCUCGCCGAGGAUCUCAAGUUUGCGGAGCAGAUCAAGAAAGACUGCGACACUAAGACAGGCGAGUGGGAGGAGCGCAAGAGGCUGCGCGCGGAGGAGCUCGUAGCCAUCCACGAGACGAUCAAGAUUCUCAACGACGACGACGCACUGGAAUCCAAGACGCUCCCUAGCCCGAGCCUCCUGCAGGCGCAGGCGAGCACGCGCACGCUGCGCACCAAGGCCAUGGCCCUCGUGGACGCGGCGCGGGCGGGCAAGAGGCCAGCCCAGAGGGCGCGCCUCGACUUCUUGGCCUUGGCAUUGCAGGGCCGCGAUUUCAGCUUCGCCAAGGUCAUCGCCAUGAUCGAUGGUAUGGUGAAGCUGCUCGCGGACGAGCAGGCCGAGGAUGAGAGCAAGAAGGAGUACUGCGGCCAGUCGCUCGACACGGCCGAGGACAAGGCGAAGGCGCUCGCUCAGAAGAUCGAGGACACGGAGGUCGCGAUCGCGGACGCCAAGGAGACGAUGGAGGUGCUCGUCAAGGAGAUCGACUCGCUCCAAAAGGGCAUAAAGGACCUGGACAAGUCGGUGGAAGUGGCCACGGAGCAGCGCAAGGAGGAAAACGACGAAUACAAGGAGUUGGUCAGCUCGAACUCCGCCGCCAAGGAGUUGCUCAACUUCGCGAAGAACCGCCUGAACAAGUUCUAUCCUCACUGCCUGCGGCCAGAGAAAUUUUGUUAUCUGAAAGGCUCAUUCUUCCGCCAGGACCUGUGA